CAAUGCCUGAAGUUCAAGAAGAUGAAAAAUUUCGCUUCAUGAUUAAUUCAUAUUGGAAAAUUGUUACAAAAAAUAUUAAUGAUAUUGUUCCAAAAGUCAUUAUGUAUUUUGUAAUAGAAAAUAUAAAAAAAUUUAUCAAACAUGAUUUGCUGGUAGAACUACUUAUCAGCAACGACAAAUCUUCCUUGAUGGAGUUAUCAAAACACGAAAAAGAUAAGCGUGAUGAAUUUCUUCGUACGCGUGAAGCAUUAGAAGAAGCAUUGAAUGAAAUUGACUCAUUUCAUGAAAUGUCAUCAUUUACUUCAAUCGAGUAAAAAAUAUUUGAUUCAAUCCAUAGCUUUCAAUAGUUAUGCUUUAUUCAAACUAUUAUAUUUUUAUAUUCAAACUAACUUUAAA